AUGAGCGGCUACACCGUACUUCUUGUGUUGCUAAUCACCGUGGCACUCUCGGUGUUGGCAUGGAACUUUGCUCCUAAAGAGAACCGUACUGUGUUCAGAUCCUCGGUGAUCUUGGGCUUGACCAUGUGCUAUUUGAUGUGGGCCAUCACCUACUUAGCGCAGUUACACCCGUUGGAGGCACCUAGAAGGGCCGAUUUGAGACCGGAGGCAUAA